AUGAGAAGUUAUGUUGUUAAAGGGGUCAAAUCCAAUGACGUCAAAUCAAUCAAGAUUGAUAAUAUCGUAAGCAAAAGAAUUGAUGCAGCUAUCGAAAAGGUGAAAAUUGACACUAGAGACUCUUGUCCCAUUCUUAAUGAAGGGAAAAUCCUGUCUUCAAAGAAGAAGCAGACUUCUAGGCUUUGCUAUGUUCCAAAAGAGAAGAAAGAACAAGAUCAACCAUCUAACCUUGAAGAAAAUGCAUUAAGAGGGCUAACUCUUCCUAUCAGACGGAUUGAUGCAAUAAACUUGUCUUCUAAGUUGCCAGAAAAGUUAGUCGCUCAAGAUCAAGUGCUAGAUAUGGCUCUCCCUACAAAGCGCACAAGAGAAGGUUUUGAUCCCAAUGCCUACAAGUUAUUUGUGAAGGCAGGAUACAACCCUAGCGAGCCAUCAGCGCUAGGGAAACUCCCAUCAGAAGAUACAACUAGGAAAGCGCGUGAAGGCCUAGGUUAUAGCCAACCGCCGCCAAUUCACAUUUCCAUAAGAAGGGCCAGUAAUAAUCAUAUAACUUUUGAAGAUGACGUCACUGCUCCCAAUAAAAGGCCUUCUGUCUUUGAUCGACUUGGUGAAGCGACAACAAGAAUUUCUGUGUUUGAGAGGUUAGGUCCUCUGAAGAAGAAUAACAAGAACCUGAGAAGUUAUUUAAAAGUUACAACGCGUACUUCACAUUUGAUUCGAAAGGAUUUCAGAAGUUUGAUUCCUUCUAGGAUGAGGCGACGAGUGGAACUUAUGGUUUCCUGUAAAGAGGAACUCAAGGCAAAGGUUCAUACUGUGGUUUACACCAAAGAGCGCGAGGAAGAUGAAGAAAGUGUAGGUUCCUCAAAUCAUGUUACAAUCCAAAAUGAGUACGAUUCUUUGCCUCAAAAGAAGAUUGAGGAAGAGGUAGAAGAUAUUGUCUCGUGUUGUCAUAUAUCAGUCAAUGACAAUGAUCCUGUGGAAGAGGAAGAUGCUAAAGAUGCUCCACCAGAACUUGAAGAAGGAGUAAAGAUCACAAUAGAUCCUUUGAAGGAAGUUAACCUUGGCACUGAUGAAGAUCCGAAGCCAACUUACUUGAGUGCGUUUCUAGAAAUUGAUGAAGAAGUCGCUUACAUGAAUAUACUCAAAGAAUAUAGAGAUGUAUUCGCUUGGAGUUACAAAGAAAUGCCUGGAUUGAAUCCUAGAGUAGCGGUCCAUCAAUUGGCAGUCAAAAAUGGUUCUCGUCCAUUUAAACAAGCUCAAAGACGUUUUAGACCAGACUUGAUUCCGUUGAUAGAAAAUGAAGUUAACAAACUCAUUGAGGCAGGCUUUAUUCGUGAGGUCAAAUAUCCUACAUGGAUUUCAAGUAUUGUUCCUGUGAGGAAGAAGAAUGGUCAAAUUCGAGUUUGCGUUGACUUUAGAGAUCUCAAUAAUGCAUGCCCUAAAGAUGAGUUUCCUCUUCCCAUUCCAGAGUUGAUGAUUGAUGCCACCACUGGUUAUGAGGCAAUGUCGUUCAUGGAUGGUUCUUCUGGAUAUAAUCAAAUCCGCAUGUCACCAAAAGAUGAAGAACUCACUGCAUUUCGCACGCCAAAAGGUAUUUAUUGCUACAAAGUGAUGCCAUUUGGUUUAAAGAAUGCUGGCGCCACAUAUCAAAGGGCUAUGCAAAAUAUCUUUGACGACUUGCUCCAUAAAAAUGUUGAAUGUUAUGUUGAUGAUUUGGUAGUAAAGUCGAGGAAGAGGGGUGAUCAUUUGAAAGACUUAAGGAUGGUGUUUGAGUUACUCCGAAGAUAUCAACUAAGGAUGAAUCCAUUGAAAUGUGCCUUCGGAGUUACUUCCGGCAAGUUCCUUGGCUUUAUUGUGAGACAUCGAGGAAUUGAAAUUGAUCAAGCCAAAGUCGAUGCAAUAUCAAAGAUGCCUGAACCUCGAGAUAUUCAUGAGUUAAAAAGUCUCCAAGGAAAGUUAGCCUACUUGAGAAGGUUCAUCUCAAAUCUAGCGGGGAGAUGUCAACCAUUCAGUCAUCUCAUGAAGAAAGGUGCUCCUUUUAAUUGGGACCAAACAUGUAGCGAAGCCUUUAAAAGUAUCAAAUCGUAUCUAGCGAAACCUCCGGUUUUGGCAGCCCCUAUACCUGGAAAACCAUUGAUACUCUACAUUGCAGCACAAGAAAGGUCUGUAGGAGCCCUGUUAGCUCAAGAGAAUAGUGAAGGCAAAGAAAAUGCUCUUUAUUACUUAAGUAGAACGAUGACGCCAAAUGAGCUAAAUUAUUCGCCAAUUGAAAAGUUAUGCUUGGCACUGGUCUUCUCAAUUCAAAAGAUGAAGCAUUAUUUUCAAGCUCAUGUUGUCCGCCUUAUUUCUAGAGCAAAUCCCAUCAAGUUUGUUAUGUCAAAACCUGUCCUUAGUGACCGACUAGCAAGAUGGUACCUCCAAUUCCAACAAUUUGAGAUUGUGUACAUCCCUCAAAAAUCCGUGAAGGGACAAGCACUAGCGGAUUUCUUAGCAGACCAUCCUAUACCAAAUGAUUGGGAGUUAACUGAUGAGUUUCCUGAUGAAGAUGCGAUGUUAAUUGAAGUUCAACCUCCUUGGAAAAUGUACUUUGACGGGGCUGCACAUCGCGGCGGAGCUGGUGCUGGCGUGGUGUUCAUCACUUCACAAGAAGAGAUUCUACCAUUCUCUUUUACUUUAAAACAAUGUAGCUCCAAUAAUGUCGCUGAAUAUCAAGCACUGAUACUUGGACUUGAAAUGGCCGUUGACAUGAAACAAUUACAUUUACAGGUCUUUGGUGACUCUCAAUUGGUGAUUAAUCAGCUCUUAGGAAAUUAUGAGGUAAAAAAGCCUGAAUUGCGACCUUAUCAUGAUUAUGCUCAAAAGUUGAUAAGAUGGCUUGGGGAUGCAACCCUUCAACAUGUGCGUCGAACAGAGAAUAAGAAAGCUGAUGCAUUGGCUACUCUAGCUUCAACGCUAACCCUUCCUGAUCAAACGCAAGUAACUGUCUGUCAGAAAUGGAUAGUACCACCGUCAAAUGAGGAAGAAUAUAUUGAAAAUAAGCUUGAUCAUAUCGUCGCCAUUGUUGAAGCUGCGAAGGAAGAUUGGAGACAACCCAUCAUUGACUACCUAUGUUAUGGGAUACUUCCAGAAAAUCCAAGAAGAAGGACUGACGUACGUCGUCGUGCACCUCGUUUCCUUUACUACAAGGAUACAUUAUAUAGAAGAUCAUUUGAGGGUAUGUUAUUACGAUGUUUGGGAGAGGAAGAAGCGACUCAAGCUCUGCAAGAAGCACAUUCAGGAGUAUGUGGAUCACAUCAAUCUGGACCAAAACUUCAUUUUCACAUAAAGAGAAUGGGGUAUUACUGGCCAACCAUGGUGAAAGAUUGCUUAUAUUAUGCCAGGAAAUGCGAUGCUUGUCAAUUUCAUGCGAAUUUCAUUCAUCAGUCACCCGAAGUAUUGCACCCAACCAUCGCAUCUUGGCCAUUUGACGCUUGGGGACUGGAUAUUGUAGGACCAUUACCAAAGUCUUCUGGUGGACACUUGUACAUCUUGGCCGCAACUAAUUACUUUUCAAAAUGGGCUGAAGUUGUUGCUCUUAAAAAGGUGAAGAAAGAGAAUGUUGCAAAUUUUAUCCGAGUAAAUAUUAUCUAUCGCUUUGGCAUCCCUCGCUAUAUAAUAACAGACAAUGGCAAACCAUUUGAUAACAAGUCAAUGAACAAGAUUUGUGAUUUUUUUGACUUUAAGAAGCGUAAAUCUUCUAUGUACCAUGCUGCCGCUAAUGGUCUUGCUGAAGCAUUCAAUAAGACUCUAUGCAACCUGCUCAAGAAAUUUGUCUCCAAAAUCCAAACGGGAUUGGCAUGA